AGUGGGCGGGGCCACAGAAAAUCCAGGAGGUGUGUUUUCACUGACGGUUUUUUUCCUCCUCCUCACGGAAGAGAGUCGAGGAUCAUCGGUGUCCAAAAAAAAAAAAGGAAAAACCUCCACGGACGGGAAAAGGACGAAGCGGAGAGUCACGGAGAGAAACCCCGGAGGAGAGCGACAGGACGGCGGACAACGACAUGGGACUGAGCCGCUCCUGAUAGGAGGAAGCAGCGGACCUGAGGGAGGACAGGACAGGCACCCGGGCGCAGACAUGGCCCACGUAGGCAACGGAGCGAGCGCGGAGGAAGAGGUGCGACCCACGGCGACUGCCACACAUCUGUCCCCUUCACCCACUCUUAUAUAAGAUUAUGAAUAUUAUCACAGAGUUUAUUUACACUGUGGAAACAAACGGAGGGCUGUCUGUGUCUGUGUGUGUCUGUGUGUCUGUAUCUGUGUGUCUGUGAGAGAGUUUCAUGAGACUAUCAUCUCCUCUAACAGCUGCCUCUGCUCAAUCUAUCAUAGAUCUAUCAUAGAUCUAUCAUAGAUCUGUCAUAGAUCUGCAGAAAUAGGUAUAACCUGUAAACAGUGACCGUUUCUACAGGGUUGAAAAAGAAAAAACUACAUCUGAAGAGGGUCUGAUUCUCUCAUCAGGGUCUGUCGAUGAUAAAAGUUUAAUGAGACAAAAAUAUAAAUAAAGAGUUUAAACUUCAGAGUCACAGAGCAGAAAAAAAACAGGUUAUUUAAUGAAAAAUCCAAUCUAAGUUUAUUUAUGAAGCACACGUUAAAAAGAGAAUAAAAACAGGAUUAAAACGGAGGAGCUAAAGUGAGUUUGAUUUAAAAACAGGCGGUUUUUAAAUCAAACAGGGACACCAAACAGAGGUCAUAAAUAAGACGAUAGGAAAAUAAAAACAGACGCCUGGAAUUAUUCCUGUUUUUGACCUUUAAUUCACCAAGAACUGUUUUAAAACAUCAUCACAUUAAUCAUAGUAGAAUACAAACGAUAAUGAGAUUUUUAAAAUUAGUCAAAGAAUUUACAAGAAUGUUCAAACACAGAAUAUUAAGAUCCUAAAAAAUACAGAUGAUAUAGAUAUAAUAUAGAACAGUAGGGCGGGGCGAUACGGGGAAAGUUUAUCAGGAUAUAUUUUUUCAUAUCAGCUGAUAUUGAUCAAUAUCAGGAUAUAAAAAUCUAACAGUGUUUAUUGGUCUUUUUUUUGCGUUGCGCGUGCUCUGCGGCGUGGCGCUGCUUCAGGUGGUGAAAAAGAUUUGAGGUAUUCCCCGACUUUGUGAGAACAUGUACUCGACAUAAUUUACAGUCCACAUUACUCUGCUUCAUGUCCGACCUCCAAAAACCAAAAUACCUCCACACCACCGACGUUUUCCUAACGCCAGUGUUGUCGUUGACAUCGAUGUGGUCAUCUGUUGCGCCUUCGUGGUCGUUUUCUUUGUUUCUCACCUGUUUUAUCGUGUCGAUGGUUACCAUCAGGCGUUCCUGAGUGGUGGUGUUUCUACGGUGAACUCUGGAUCAUGUGUCGGUGUUUGUGGCGAAUCUCCACACUCUCACCUGUGACCUCGGGUAGAUUUAUGAGACGCUCCGAUUGGUCGCCUCUCUCGCCUCGUUCACACGUCUCUCCUCCCCCCCGUCACAUGUUUGUCAUUUACAGUGAUCGUCCGUAUGGAUCCUGUUGUGUUGCCAUGGUGACUCAGAGUCGUCUCCAUCCUUACAUAAUGACCUUAUAUUUGCCCCCCCCCCCCCUCCCCGUGUGUGUCACUGAUGAGCGGCGGCGGUGGGCGAUCAGCUGAUUAUUGUAUUUGUCGUUGUUCAGAGUGUAAGCGGCUUACAGGGAGGUGAUACUAUCACUCCUCUGUGUGUGUGUGUGUGUGUGUGUGUGUGUGGGUUUAUGGAAAUGACCCGUCUGAUAUCAACCACAGGCCGCCUCCUGACAAACAAACAGGAAGUCCGGGGAGAACAUGAGGGCCGCUUUCUGGAGAUCAAGACUAAUUACAGUCAUUAAGGCGGAGAAAUGAGAAAUGAGGAUGAGAACUGAGAAUUAGUGAAGUAAGCUAUUGACUUAAAGCCUGGUAUUUAGAUUCUGAGCAGACUGUUUGAAAUGGGAGAGUUCUAGUGAGGAGGAUCACUUCUAUUUACAGUCAUUAAGGUGGAAAAAUGAGAAAUGAGGACGAGGCUCGGAUCAGAGGAUGAGAACUGAGACGUGGCGAAGUUAGAUAUGAACCUCAGUGAAUCUAGAGCUAAAGACCGGUAUCCAGACUCUGAGCAGACUGUUUGAACAAGGAGAGUCCCAGUGAGGAGGAUCAGGACUAUUUACAGUCAUUAAGGCGGAAAAUGAGAAAUGAGGACGAGGAUGAGAACUGAGAGGUGGUGAAGUUAGAUAUCAACCUUGAGCCCGGUCUUUAGACUCUGUGCAGACUGUUGGAAAAGGAGAGUCCCAGUACGUAGGAUCAGGACUAAUUACAGUCAUUAAAGCAGAACAUGAGAAAUGAGGACGAGGCUCAGAUCAAGGGAUGAGAACUGAGAACUGGUGAAAUAUGAACCUCAGAGAAACUAGAGCUGAAGACCGGUAUCCAGACUCUGAGCAGACUGUUUGAAAUGGGAGAGUCCUAGUGAGGAGGAUCAGGACUAAUUACAGUCAUUAAGGCGGAAAAAUGAGAAAUGAGGACGAGGAUGAGAACUGAGAAUUAGUGAAGUAAGUUAUUGACUUAAAGCCUGGUAUUUAGAUUCUGAGCAGACUGUUUGAAAUGGGAGAGUCCCAGUGAUGAGGAUCACUUCUAUUUACAGUCAUUAAGGCGGAAAAUGAGAAAUGAGGACGAGGAUGAGAACUGAGAGGUGGUGAAGUUGGAUAUUAACCUAAAGCCAGUUCUUCAGACUCUUCUGAGACUGUUCCAACUAGGAGAGUUCCAGUGAGGAGGAUCAGGACUAAUUACAGUCAUUAAGGCGGAGAAAUGAGAAAUGAGGACGAGGAUGAGAACUGAGAAUUAGUGAAGUUAGGGCCCGGUCUUUAGACUCUUCGCAGACUGUUUGAAAUAGGAGAGUUCCAGUGAGGAGGAUCAGGACUAAUUAAGGUGGAAAUGAGAAAUGAGGACGAGGCUCGGAUCAGAGGAUGAGAACUGAGAGAUGUUGGAGUUAGAAAUGAACCUCAGAGAAACUAGAGCUAAAGACCGGUAUCCAGACUCUGAGCAGACUGUUUGAAAUGGGAGAGUCCUAGUGAGGAGGAUCAGGACUAAUUACAGUCAUUAAGGUGGAAAUGAGAAAUGAGGAUGGUACUCAGAUCAAGGGAUGAGGAACUGAGAAUUAGUGAAGUUAGAUAUGAACCUAAAGCCCAGUCUUUAGACUCUCUGCAGACUGUUUGAACUGGGAGACUUCCCUAAAGAACUCGUCAACAUUAGUCAGUAAAAUCCACAUUAAUGGAUCUUUGGAGGAGAUCUAGAACAGAAGUGUAGACCUGUAGGAGGGUUCUGCAGGUGUCUCCACAGGGGUACCAUCUGUCGUUCAGACCUGAGAAAGAGGCCAGGAUCCCAUUUGUAAGGUCCAGGAUCUCUUCAUCACCGUCUCAGAAACAUCAUCAAGAAAACCUCCUCUGAGGUCCUGAGAACCCAACAAACUGGUCUCAACACUUCAACAUGGUCCGACUGACUUCUGUGAAGUUCCCAGUAUCACAUAACUCCAAAUCCUGAUCCGUGUAGAAAAACCGGACCUCCAGUGCUGCAGCCUUGACCUCUGACCCCUCAGAGGAAAUAAGAGGUGGUGUUAUGGGAGCAGAGGUGAACAGUGGACUCCUUGUCCUUUCUUCAUUCUCACAUUCUGUAAACUCUGACACAACAGUCGGCAUUCAGAGCCGGAGCUGAGACCGGGGACCAGGUCUGAGUCAGAAACUGGGAUUGAAGGAGAAUCACGAACCGUCUACAUUUGAUCUUUAGUGAUGUUGAAAUCAGACGGACACACUUUGAUGAGUCAAAACUGACAUGAUGAGACUCCAACCCCCGACCUCCACCUUCAUCCUGAUUUACACCGACUUCUUUCCAUCCUGGUUUAUCAAACCCACCAUGAGGACCUGGAUCUGGAGUGUUCACAUGUGUUCAGGUCUUCACACUGGAGUCGAGUCCUCCUCACAGUGCAGAACUGUGUGCCUGUGGACCAGGAUGAAGGAUCUGGAUUCUCAGGGUGUUGUUGACAUUCCCGUCAUAGCUGAGGUUUAUUCAUCAGCACCAGCGCGAGGUCCUUCAUUACCCGGAGACUGGGCCUCUGUCUCUGCAGACAUUGUUCGCGCCUGUCCCCGUGGUCCUGGUCUUGAUUGCAGCCUCGCUGAGUCCGCGUGUCGACCCUCCUCUGACAUUCCUCACGGAUCCUGCUGAGUCAGCCGAUGAGGAGCGACAGAGGAGCGUCUGUGAGGAGGUGACCCGCCGAGGUCUGACGCUGCGAGAUCUCGGUGCGGAUGUACAGGAUUGGGUCAAAGGGUCUUUGUUGAGCGCUGUGGUGUCUUUGGCCUUCCUGAAGGUUCUGGAGAGUCCUGCUCGGGUCAGACGGUUCUGGAGGGAGUCAAAAAUGUCUCCAGAGCUUCUUAAAAGUUUUCAGAAAGUCGGCGUGAAGGAAAACCGGGAACCCUGACAAGAGUUUUUGUGAAACCAUCUUGGAGGGAUUUCCUGAAGGCCGAUCUGGACCAGGAACCUUAGACUCUGAAAUCCUUAGACUCUGAGGUACACUGAGGUCUGAGGAAGUCCGAGUUUAUGUCUCAGGUGUUCCUCAUAAAACCAGGACUGUUCUCUGUGUUCUGGAGUCUUGAAGACGUAGACACAGUGUGGUCUCUCAGAGGAGUUCCCGCACUCUUGUUGUCCCGGACAGAGGAGGUAUUCAUGAGGAUUUUUGGACUUUCCAGACCUCCACGUGAGCCGUUGUUUAUCUGGGAGCCUGUGGGGUAACAGGACCCGGUCUUGACUAAUUGAUUAGCGAGCCUCUGCUGUCACCAGAGAAGAGACUCCGACAGUGACCUCCACCUCCGAGUGUAACAUCAGACAGCUGCGGGGUUUUUCCACAUCUCCUGAAAAACCAAAAUCUAAGAAGUCCACUUUCCUGAGCUCCUUUAUCGGCGCCGAAUAUCGGACUCCGAGUUUAAGGUCUGCAUUAAAACGGUGGAGGAAGUUCACGGAGACAGACGUGACGGUUAAACCAAUUUAGAGUCCAGUUACUUACGGCAACACGGAAAAAAAUAAACAUGAUCACAAUCCCCAAAGAAGUCGAUAUUGAUUAUCAUCCCGAUCAAUCAAAAGUGAUAAAGUUCUUUUUAUCUCAUUACGACUUAAGUAAUCAGGUUAACUCUGAGGUCACAGCUGUUAUUACUGUUUUAAAACUUACUUUUAACUUUAUUUUAACUUCAUUUUUCCUUUUUUUAACUCCCUUUUUCCUUUUCUUUUUUACUUCAUUCUUACUUUUUUUUUACUUUUUUAAAUUAGUUUUUACCUUUUUAACUUUUUUAACUAACUUUUAACUUUUUAUCUCAUUACUUUUUUAACUUACCUUUUUAACCUUUUUUUACUUAGUUUUUAAUUUUCUCUGUUAACUUAAUUCUUACUUUUUACUUACUUUUUAACUUUUAACUUUUUUUAAAUUACCUUUUACUUUUUUACUGUUCUUUUUUCACUUCAUUCUUGUAUUUUUAAUUUUUACUUUUUUAACUUACUUUUUAAAUUUUUUUAACUUACUUUUUACUUUUUCUCACUUUUAAUUUUUUUACUUCUUAUUUAUUUUACUUACUUUAAACUUUUUUUAAUUACUUCUUACCUUUUUUACUUUUUAAUUUUUUCCUUAUUAAUUUUUCUACUUACUUAUUAUUUUUUGACUUACUUUUUACUUUUUGACUUCUUACUUUUUUUAUUUAUUUAUUUAUGUAUCUAUUUUUUAGACUUAUUUUUACUCAUUUUAUCUAUUAUUUAUCUCCUCUUUCUGCUUUAUUCACACUGGAGUUUCUGCACUGAAAAGCGAUUAUUUAAGUAUUUCUGAUUCUGAUUAUUGAUGAUUAUUUGUAGUUGUUACAGGAGUCGACCAAUCAGAAUCGAGUAUUUCAUCAUCAUAUAACGGUUUAUAAACAAUUUCCAGUUCCCGUUCGAAUCCCUGAAAAAGUCUUUUAAUUUUUUACCAUAAAAUAAGUUUGUAUCGUCUGUAAAAAGUGAGACCACGAACAUCAUAGAAAUAUAAAGAGCAAAGGACCGAUCAUAGAUCCCUGAGGUACUCUCUAGGUUACUUUUCUAUACUUUGACGCUGUUUCGGGAUCUUUAGUGAUGUUGAAAUCAGACGGACACACCUUGAUGAGUCCAAACUGACACGGUGAGACUGUUUGACGUCUGGAGUUUGGAGGAAAAUCUGAAACGUUUUCAGGACAGAGGAAGUGAAGAAGAAGAAAGAAGUUUAAAAAGCAGAAUCGUCUUACAGAAGCAGAAGUGUGUCUUUCAUAUUUACAGACAUGUGAUCAAAUAUCCAGAGUUAGGUAAUCGAUUAUCUCUGCAGACUUUCACUUUGAUGUUCGGGUCUCUUCUCGGUUCUGGGAGUUCUUCAUUUAGAGUUUUAUGUGUGCGUCAGCAGGAUUUGACCGUCCUCUCAGCCUCACCUGUCCGUCCACUCGGAGAGUCUUUUGUGUUGAGUUAAUGUUCUGGACCGUCUGGUUAAACAGCAUUCAUUCACAGUAACACACACUCGGACACACACACACACACACACACACUCAUACACACACACGCUCAGCAGGAGAUUAUGGCGGGAACUUCACAGAGUCAAAGGGAGCAUCUGUUCGUGAAGGAGGGAGUGAUAAAAGUGUGAAAAAAAGAGAGAAAAAAACAAGGAGCGUCUGCUUCACACUUUUGUUCUCCAACCAUCUCUCUCCUCCUCCUCUUCCUCCUCUUCCUCCUCUUUAUUCGUUUAAGUCCAAUCCUGAACUUCUGAACCUGGUAAAUACUCGGAUCCUUUUAUCGCCCUGAGCGCUGACUUCCAGGCACCUUUCCAGACAAGUUAGUUUCAGGUUGGAUAUAUUUUCCUGUAAAUACGGCGGUGAAGUUAGUUUCAGGUUGGAUAUAUUCUCCUGUAAAUACGGCGGUGAAGUUAGUUUUAGGUUGGAUAUAUUCUCCUGUAAAUACAGCGGUAAAGUUAGUUUUAGGUUGGAUAUAUUCUUCUGUAAAUACGGCGGUGAAGUUAGUUUCAGGUUGGAUAUAUUUUCCUGUAAAUACGGCGGUGAAGUUAGUUUCAGGUUGGAUAUAUUUUCCUGUAAAUACGGCGGUGAAGUUAGUUUCAGGUUGGAUAUAUUUUCCUGUAAAUACGGCGGUGAAGUUAGUUUCAGGUUGGAUAUAUUUUCCUGUAAAUACGGCGGUGAAGUUAGUUUCAGGUUGGAUGUAUUUUCCUGUAAAUACGACGGUGAAGUUAGUUUCAGGUUGGAUAUAUUUUCCUGUAAAUACGGCGGUGAAGUUAGUUUCAGGUUGGAUAUCUGAUGGACAUUCUCUGAGGAUCUACCGGUGUCUUCUCACUCUCCAUAACCGGGAAUAACAACAGCAGCGCGGUUAAAUCUACUCGACACCCUCACUGUCAACGUCGGUGUUGAAUAAGGGACCGUCAAUAAAUUACUGGUUGAUGUUCUCAGAAAAGGCUGUUUUCCUUCAACAGCUUCACUGUCAUGUGACCAAAAGACCUAAAAGUUGGUGUUAGGCCCUGAAGGGUCAACUUUGGACACGUCAAGGACCUUUACGACGGUGGGAGGAGGUCUGUUCUACCUGAACAGCCUCUCUAGAGUAUUUAUCGUAAUUUCUUUAAAAUGAUAAAUUAAACUUCAGCUCGACUUUCCCUCAGAGCCUCACUGAAGUUUCUCUGUCAGGGCGUCAAAUCUUUCACGUGUCGUUGUGCGGCGCCGACUCUGACCCUGUAUUUAGCGUCUUUAUUUAGAGGACUCGUUGGUCUGAGCCUGGCAGACCGAGUUCAGGGUAAAGCUGUGAACUGCGGCCUAUAAAGCGAUGAUAGCGAUCGUUGUAAACACUUAAAAAGAGGAACCAUCUCCUGGCUGUUAUCUGACAGCGGCUGAUAAAGUGAAGUGGGUCAGAGUGCGUUGACGUUCUGGGCGGGUGUGUAACCGCGGCGGGUCGAUCCGUUCAGCCUGGAGGCGGCGUUUCCUCUGCAGUGUGUGCCACGGCCUCUGCAGCCGGACUCGCUUAUGUAAGACGCCACUGGGAAGGUUAUUAUUAGCUGCCACUGAGUGUGUGUGUGUGUGUGUGUGUGUGUGUGUGUGUUCCAGUUCACAUGUCGCAGCAGAAAUAGAAAAAGAGAGAGAGAGAGAGAGAGUCGCACUGAAAGACAAACAGAGUGACCCUGAGCAGAGCUGAAGUCAGACAGAAACCUGCUGAGCCAAUCAGAGGCCUCCAAAGCUGACGCCGCAGUGUGUCACUUCCUGGACGAAGCUCCAGGAGACGUCGAAUCACCGAAACAAAGACGAGACGAGUGUCGACUUCGACUCAGAGAAAGGCUAAAGUCGAAAAUCACUCUAAUCUCGGUUCACGUAAAACGAAACACCUCUCAGCGCCAGCAGGGGGCAGAAGUCCAAAUCAAGCAUUUUCAUAACCACUGUCUUUAUCGCAAUUAUGGUGAAUUCGUGUUUCCUCGGAAGUCAGAUGUCGGAACUGAAAUUAACGUCUCACCUGACCUCCCAGCGUUUCAGUAACCGAGUCGGAAUAAAAAGCAAAAUUGGAGGCGGAAACAAGGUGGUAACAUUUACGAAAAAUUAAAGCCCUGUCCGAAAAUAUUAGGCUAGGCUAAAACAACUUUCAUAAAUGUAGCCAUGUUGAUUCCGUCUUCGAUUUUGCUUUACAUAUUAACAUAUUUGCUGCUUUCCAAUUUCUUCAGAAGUCAGAUGUCGGAGCUGAAAUUGACGUAAAACCGGAGCUCCCAGCAUUUCAGUAACCGAGUCGGAAUAAAAAGCAAAAUCGGAAGCGUAAACAAGGUGGUAACAUUUACGAAAGUUUAAAGCCCUGUCCGAAAAUAUUAGGCUAGGUUAAAAUAACUUUCGUAAAUGUAGCCAUCUUGGUUCUGCCUCCAAUCUUGCCUUUUUUCCGACUUUGUAACUGAAACGCUGAAGUUUUUUUGGGUCUUGCUUUCUCUAACUAUCUUUCGCGCACAACCGCGCUAACAUUUUUGCUGCUUUCCACUUUCUUCGGAAGUCAGAUGUCUGAGCUGAAAAUAACGUCACACCUGAGUUCACAGUGUUUCAGUUACUAAGUCGGAAAAAAAAGCAGAAUCGGAGGUGUGAAACAUGAUGGCUACAUCUAGAAAGUUAUUUUAGCGCUAGCCUUAUAUUCGGACAAGACAAGCGCUAAAAUAACUUUCGUAGAUGUCACAUCCGAGUUCCCAGCGUUUCAGUUCCCAAGUCGGAAAAAAGCAGAAUCGAAGACGGAAAGAACAUGGCUACAUUUACAAAAGUUAUUUUAGCCUAGCCUAAUAUUUUCGGACAAGGCUUUGAUUUUUCGUAGAUGUAGCCAUCUUGUUUUCGCCUUCGAUUUCGCUUUUUUCCGACUUAGUAACUGAAACGCUGCUAACUCGGGUGUGAGGAAUUCUGACUUCCGAGUAAACUCAAACGCAGCGUUAUAACCGUGACCGCCCACUCCGGCAAUCUGACCAAUCAGAGAGAGACUGACAGAGAAACGCCGAGAUUUCACCUGUGUGUCAUCCAUGAUGGCGCCGAGGUCGAAGACGAGGACGUCUGAGAUCUGAACGUUUUCAUCAGCACGUCAGUUUGACAGUCUUCACAGCAGCAAAUCAGGAGGCGGAUCAUGGUCAUGUGACUUUCUAAUGUGACGUUUUUUCUCUGUGUCUUCAGGACUGUUUCGAGGACGCCUACGACAGGAUACCUGCGUGAGUACAAGCAGAAUACACACCUACCUGUGUGUGUGUGUGUGUGUGUCUGUGUGUGUAUAAAUAUGUGUGUGUAUGAGUGUGUAUAUGUAUAUUUGUAUGUGUCUGUGUAUAUAUGUGUGUGUAUAUGUGUGUGUAUGUGUAAAUAUAUGUGUGUGUAUGAGUGUGUAUGUGUGUGUGUGUAUGAGUGUGUAUGUGUGUGUGUAUAUAUGUGUGUGUAUGAGUGUGUAUGUGUGUGUGUAUAUAUGUGUGUGUAUGAGUGUGUAUAUGUAUAUUUGUAUGUGUCUGUGUAUAUAUGUGUGUUUGUGUGUAUAUGUGUGUAUAUAUGUGUGUAUGUGUGUGUGUAUAUAUGUUUGUAUGUGUGUGUGUGUAUAUAUAUGUUUGUAUGUGUGUGUGUGUAUAUGUGUGUAUAUGUGUGUGUAUAUAUAUGUGUGUGUGUGUAUAUGUGUAUAUGUGUGUGUAUAUAUAUGUGUGUAUGUGUGUGUGUAUAUGUGUGUAUAUGUGUGUGUAUAUAUGUGUGUAUGUGUGUGUGUAUAUAUGUUUGUAUGUGUGUGUGUGUAUAUAUGUGUGUAUAUAUGUGUGUAUGUGUGUGUGUAUGUGUGUGUGUGUAUAUGUUUGUGUAUGUAUAUAUGUGUGUGUGUAUGUGUGUGUAUAUAUGUGUGUAUGUGUGUGUAUAUAUGUGUGUAUGUGUGUGUAUAUAUGUGUGUAUAUGUGUUUGUGUAUAUAUGUGAGAGUAAAUGUUUGUGUGUGUGUGUGUGUCUGUGUGUGUGUAUGUGUGUGUGUCCUUGAUCAAGAAAAGAUCAGUGUGUUGGUGUGAAGCUCGAUGUCACUUCCUGUCUCUGUAUCUCUGCUUUUUGUCAUUUCCUGUACUAAUGUGUGUGUGUGUGUAUCUGUGUAUGUAUCUGUGUGUGUAUAUGUAUCUGUGUGUGUAUCUGUGUGUGUGUGUGUGUGUGUGUGUGUGUGUGUGUAUCUGUGUGUGUGUGUGUGUGUGUGUGUGUGUGUGUGUCUGUGUGUAGUGCCUGUCAGAUGGACCUGCAGACAGCCAUCCAGGAGACUCAGUGCGCUCUCAAUCUGGUCCUCAAUAACAAGUUCUCGGAGGCCCUCGACCUUCUGAAGCCAUGGUAACCACGGCAACAAGCCCCCCCUAUCACAUUACAUCAUACAUACAACAGUGUGCGCAGGUGUACAAACGGGAGGAAAUGACCCGUGUGUGUGUGUGUGUGUGUGCGCGUGCGUGCGCGCAGGUGGAAGGACAGCAUGUACCACGCUCUGGGUUACAGCAGCAUCCUGGUGAUGCAGGCCGCCAUGACCUUUGAACACAGAGACAUCCAGACCGCCAUGGCGACCAUCAAGGAGGCGCUCCACACCUGUCAGAGGUGAGCGCGGCGGUCUCCCUCUGCACCAAUCAGACGAUGUCUUACUGAAACCUGCUGUAACCCUAACCUCAAACCCUCUGCUGCAGGUUCAGGAAGAAGAACUCGGUGGUCGGGUCUUUGUCCAGCCUCAUCAGCAAACAGUCCAACCUGCAGGAAGGUACGUGACCACGCCCACACACGCUCUGAUUGACAGCUCCUCCGCUGACGUCACGCCGCUCUCUCUGUUGUGUUUUUUUCAGAGGAGAUGCACGCGGAGAUCUGCUACGCCGAGUGUCUCCUGCAGAAAGCCACGCUGACGUUCGUGCAGGUCGGCUUUAAACCUCUAAAAGACUACAUUUCCCAUAAUGCACCUCACAGUCAGCUCUCAUUGAAAUACCCUUGAUGACGUCGUACAUUCAGCUGUGAGACUGGUAUGAGGAAAAAAAGGCAGGGUGCAGUUCUGGGAGUGUCCACCAGGGGGAAUAAGAAGAUUACAGUUUCCUUUGAAUCAGUUUGAUGUUAAAAUCAUUUUAAGUUCGUUUUUCUAACUUAGAUCGUUUCAUGUUUGGGUUUUUUGUCCUUAACUCACCGGAUUUUCUCUAAAUCACUCAAAUAACCUCAAAUAAAAAUCAGUCAGCAGUUUAAACACCUUAAAUCAACUCAACCUGAUCACACAGGAGAAAGGUUUUAAGUCUCUUUUAAUGACAAAAAGACCAAAUGUUUCUCUACGAUCCUGCUGCAGCGUCACCAAAAACAUAAAUCUGUUCCUGAUAAAACCAGAAACACUUUCUAACAACACAGCAUCCCUUUAAAGUCUCAGUGACGUCUUAUUAAAUAUUACAUCAAAUUAAUAUUAAAUCAUUUUAAAGGGGGAAAAGCAGGAAUCUGUUAAAGAAACAUCUUUUUUUAUUAGUUAUUGAUUAUUUGGUAAUAUAUCGAUAUCUCUGUGUUCUCUUAUGUCUGUGUCGUCAACAUUUGAACAUUUUUGAGCGGUCCGCUCUUUCUGACUGUAAACAAAGCCGUUCUCCACCUCCUCUAACCUGAUUGGUUGACCAAAACAGUCAACACCUAAACAGUCAACACCAAAACAGUCAGCAAGAAAACAGUCAACAAGAAAACAAUCAACCAUAAACAGUCAGCAAGAAAACAGUCAACAAGAAAACAGUCAACAAGAAAACAGUCAGCAAGAAAACAGUCAACAAGAAAACAGUCAACACCAAAACAGUCAGCGAGAAAACAGUCAACAAGGAAACAGUCAACAAGAAAACAGUUAACCAUAAACAGUCAACAAGAAAACAGACAACAAGAAAACAGUCAACCAUAAACAGUCAACAAGAAAACAGUCAACAAGAAAACAGACAACGAGAAAACAGUCAACAAGAAAACAGUCAACACUAAAACAGUCAACCACAAACAGUCAACAAGGAAACAGUCAACAAGAAAACAGUUAACCAUAAACAGUCAACAAGAAAACAGACAACAAGAAAACAGUCAACCAUAAACAGUCAACAAGAAAACAGUCAACAAGAAAACAGUCAACAAAAAACAGUCAACAAGAAAACAGUCAACCAUAAACAGUCAACAAGAAAACAGUCAGCAAAAAAACAAUCAACCAUAAACAGUCAGCAAGAAAACAGUCAACAAGGAAACAGUCAACAAGAAAACAGUCAACAAGAAAACAGUCAACAAGAAAACAGUCAACCAUAAACAGUCAACAAGAAAACAGACAACAAGAAAACAGUCAACCAUAAACAGUCAACAAGAAAACAGUCAACAAGGAAACAGUCAACGAGAAAACAGUUAACCAUAAACAGUCAACAAGAAAACAGUCAACAAAAAACAGUCAACAAGAAAACAGUCAACCAUAAACAGUCAACAAGAAAACAGUCAGCAAAAAAACAAUCAACCAUAAACAGUCAGCAAGAAAACAGUCAACAAGGAAACAGUCAACAAGAAAACAGUCAGCAAGAAAAUGCUGCUCCCCCGUGUCGUUCAGGAGCCCAAACAAAGUUAGCGUGCUACAAUAUCGGACAGUAGAAACCAACCAGAAAGUUCGGAAAAUUGUCUGAAUCCUCCUUUGGCCACGACUGCCGACACAAGCAAGAAAACAAAGUAAAUACCGGAGACUCUGGAGGAAUAACGGGCGCUUAAAACGGAGGUAGACCGGACAAGAGCUAAAAAGCCGGGUCAACAUAAACGAUGGGGGACGCUUGGGGAUCUUGGUGACCCUGUAACCUUUCUGCUGGACAGGUAAACCGCUUUAACAAAGUAAGACAAGUGUCUGUAACAGAAGUGUUUCUUGUCAAACGGACCUGCUGUAGCGUGUUGUAGCGCCAUCGCUAAACUGUCCUCCCUCGGGUCCUGGACUAUGUCACUUUAUCCUCGUUGUAGAAGUCCUGCAAACAUUGUGUUUGAUUUCAACCAACCCGGACCCUCUUUCUCUCCUCAGGACGAGAACAUGAUCAGCUUCAUCAAAGGAGGCAUCAAGAUCAGAACCAGCUACCAGAUCUACAAGUGAGGGUCUCCUCCAAAACCACCUCUGACUUAUCUCGGUGUUCUAUCGGGUCUGUAAAGAACGGGUUUUUAUGUCUGAUGUCGUCAAACAGGGAUUGUCAGAACGUGCUGAACGUAACUCAGGACCUGGCGGGCCAGUCUGAUUCGUUCAGGCAGUUUGAGGGCGGAGUCAAGCUGGGGAUCGGGUCCUUUAACCUGGUAGGUUUUCGAAGGUGUCAAGAGUCAGUCCACAGUCUGUCUCGAAGAUCAAACUGAAUCCGAUUUUAUUGAUUAUUCCCCGACACGAUCAAACGUGAAUCAUCAGCAUAUCGGCGAAUCCUUACAAAUUAAAAGUCUAAGUAAAAGUGUUUAUUUUAUUCUGAAAGGAUGAACUCUGUCUGUCUGUCUGUCUUUCAGAUGUUGUCGCUCCUCCCUCAGAGGAUUUUGAGGUUAUUGGAGUUCAUCGGAUUCUCAGGAAACAGGGUCAGUACGUCAGAGUCCAAAGCGGUUCCGGUCCAGGUGAACAGGUGAUACUAACGCUGUGUGUCUCCUCAGGGGUUCGGUUUGUCUCAGCUGAGAGAGGGAGCGUCCAGUCACAGUCUGAGGUCCAUCCUCAGCGCUCUGACGCUGCUCUUCUACCACACAUACGUGUCUCUGAUUCUCGGUACGACACAGAAGCAGAGAUCCAGGGUUCUACUUUGAGUCCAGACCUCUUUUUAAUGACAUUACGGUUGAAGAUAAUCCUGUUAUCCCCGUUUGUUUGAUCAGGAACCGGAGAGGGGAACCUGGUGGAGGCUGAAGCUCUGCUGGAGCCGUACAAACACAAAUACCCCAAAGUAGGUGGACCAAAAACAAGACGGAUGAAAGUCGACAGAAAUACGACACAUUAACCCCCAAUUUCCACCGCAUCCGGAUCGACUACGAUUCGGAACGGCGGCAAUUUCUGCCGUCUGCCAAUUCCUACCAGAUCCAUUUGUGAGGCGAAUUUCGUGGCGGAUUACGGACAGCAGGAAUCAUGAGAACUCACAAGAGUUCUUGUAGAAUCAGCAUCUCCUCAUCCAUGGUGUCAUCGGGGUGAAAUCGGAGUUGGUUACGAUCAGCUACGAUCGGAAGAUACAACCUUUUAGUAGACGAUCAGGAUGAAGGUGGCGAUCGGGGGUAACACUCUUCGUUGAAAGGACAGUUGGACUUACUUGGGACGUUUCGCCUUAGGUGAAACGUCCCAAGUAAAUCCAACUGUCCUUUCAACGAAGAGUUGGAAAUCAUAGAUGCUGCAUCCUCAGUUUUAAACAAUAUCUCCAGGUUUAGGAGCAACAUCUGCGUCCAUCCAGAAUUUUCCAGGGAAGACCUUCAGAUGAUCCAGAACCACAUUCUGACAACAGUUGAAAUGUGGAAAGUCGGUGUAAAUUGACACGUUAACUUGAAUGGUUACGAUCAGCUACGAUUGGAGGAUACGACGUUUUCGUAGACGAUCAGGAUGAAGGUGGAAGUUGGGGGUCAGACUUGGACUCAAGAGUUUGAUAUUUGAUCAUAAGAGGAUAAAAAAACGAACUCUCUUUCUUUCUUUAGGGCUCCAUCAUUCUGUUCUACUCCGCUCGGAUCGCCACACUGCGAGGAAACUUCGAGAAGGUCUGAACCCCCCCGACACACACACACACACACACACACACACUUUUACUCUUUCUACUGACAUGAAAAACUGAACCUCAGCUGAGACGGUGGUACUUUCCAAAGUUUGACGAAGAUUAGGGUCGCAAAAUUCUGGGAAUUUUUCAAAGUUGGAAACUUUCCACAGGAAUUAACGAGAAUUAAUCUGAAAUGUACAAAAUCGAAGGUUGGCCCUCAACAGGAACUUAAAUACAGUUGGUGAAAAUAUCUUGUAGCAUCAUCUUGACUGAAACAACCAGAUUUAAUGCGAGUACAGAUGAUUUCUUGAACCCUGGAGGCACAAGACUUUUGAGCCCACAGACUGUAGAAAGUCAAGUUUGGAUAAUAUUCUGGGGUAAAUAUAUCUGACCUAUAAUAGUAUUAAUAUUUACAGAGUGAUCAUGGUCAGUAAUUCUGCUCCCGGUCUCGUCGUGUUCUUGGGUCUGCGUUUCAGGCCCGGGCUCGGUACGAGGAGUGCAUCAGCAGCCAGCAGGAGUGGAAGCAGAUCCACCACCUGUGUUACUGGGAGCUGAUGUGGACCCACUCUUACCAGCAGGAGUGGCAGCAGGCGUACCACUACGCUGACCUGCUGUGCAAAGAGAGCCGCUGGUCCAAGGUAAACACGCCUGAACCUGAUACCUCACCAAAGUACCCAUAACCAGGACCGGUACUCUUGUCAAUGAAAAACUGGUCUUUGCGUCUUCUUUUUGUCUUUCCAGGCGAUUUACGUGUACCAGAAAGCAGCGAUCCUCAGCAUGAUGUCUGAGGAGGACGUGAAGAAGACGGGAGAGGACAUCGUGGAGCUGUUUGGGUAAAUCGGCCUCAUCGAAAACCAUCUGGAGAUAUCAAACACCCGAGGGUCUGACAGGAACCAUGUCCAGGGUUCUGGUUUCAGGUUUCAGUGUUUUUGUGUUUCUGCGGACAGGCAGGUGGAGGGCCUGAAACAACGCCUGGCAGGAAAGUCGAUUCCCACGGAGAAAUUCGCAGUGAGGAAGUCGAGACGCUACAAAGCGGCUAACCCCGUCCCCCUGGUCAUCCCCGCGCUGGUACGAACACGGACUCAAACACACAUUUAUGAAAUAAUCUGGGAGUCCUCAGGGCUCUUUGCUCGGCCCACGUGUCGUUAUUUAAUGAUUUCAGACUCUAUACUGUUAUAUUAACCUGUUAGCGACCUCUAGUACAAAGGUGCAGCGGUCCUUGUUUUAAUACGUAAAGACGUUUCAGUUUUUUUAACACACCUACAGGAAAAUGUUGUAAAAUAUAAAACAUCACUGUUCGUCAAAAUGAGUUUUAAAUAUCAAAAAAAAAAAAAAAAAUGUUUCCCUGGGGAAAAAAAAGUUUAAAUUUCCUCACAUCCAUUUUUACAACAACAAUUUAACAGCUAUUAGAACAAUUCAUUUUACAAGUGGUCUUAGUAAACCAUCGUCUUUUGUUUUUUUUUGUUGUUUAUAUAUAUAUAUUUUUUUAUACACAUGUCAGUGAGUAAAUCAGAAAACCAAAAUUUUAAAAUAUAAGAAAGAAUGAAAAGUUAAAAAAAAAUGAAACACAACAAAAAAAAUCAUUAAAAAAACACUAAACAAACGAAAAGGACUAAAGAAAAAACACAAAAAAAGAACCAGACAAAAACAGGAGAUACCUCCUUUUUUAAUAUGUUUACAUGUUUAAAUGAAUAAAUCAGAAAACCUAAAUUUUAGAAAAUUAAAAAAAAAAUACACAAUACAAAAAAAACACCACCCAAAAAAACCCCACAAACAAACAAGGAGGAAAAAAGAAAAAAACAAAAAAGUAAAGCAAAAACUGGAGGUACUUGCCUUUUUGUAAAUAUAUAUAUAUACAUGUACACAUGUGUAAAUGAAUAAAUCAGGAAACCAAAAUUUUUGAAAAUUUAAGAAAAAAUGAUAAUUAAAAAAAAAUACAAAAACUACCAUAAAAAUCAUCGAACAAACAAGGAGGACAAAAGAAAAAAACAAAAAAAAAGAACAAGACAAAAACAGGUGGUACUUGCCUUUUUUCUGAUAUAUAUACAUGUACACAUGUUUGAAUGAAUAAAUCAGAAAAACAAAAUUUUUGAAAAUUUAAGAAAACAUAAAAAUUAAAAAAAAAACAACAACCAUAAAAACAUCAAACAAACAAGGAGAACAAAAAAAAGUACCAAAAACAAACAAACAGACAAAAACUUUCGAGGUUAUCAUUCCAUUCCAAACUUAUUUAAAAACAACAAAACAACUCCAACAAGUCCAUUUUAAAAAGUUUCCAACACUGUUAAAAGCUUUUAACUUUGAGUUCAUUUUCGUUUGGUUCCCUGCAGGAGAUGAUGUACGUCUGGAACGGUUUCACCAUCGUCGGGAAGAGAGCGGACUCCACCGAGGCCCUGCUGAUCACCAUCGAGGCGGCUGAGGAGCAGCUCCGCAACGACCCUGGUGAGUUAAAACCCGGGUCACUGUUUCACUUAUAAACCUGUUCUGAGGGAGUGAAGACGGGACUCCACAGGGUUCCGGUCUCGGCCCACUUCUGCUCAGACUGUAUGCAGAUGAUGCUGUUCUGUACUACGACUUUUUGUGUCCUGACCGAGCUCCUAAAGGCCAUAAAAAAACUUUUUUACCAGAACAAAAUACGUUUGUAUCGUCUGCAAAGAGUGAGACCACAAAUAUCACAGAUACCAAAGAGCAGAGGACCGGUCAUAGAUCCCUGAGGUACUCUCUAGGUUACGUUUCUGAGUCGGGGAUGUUGAACUCAGACGGACACACUUUAAUGAGUCCAAACUGACAUGAUGAGACAGUUUGACGUCUGGAGUUUGGAGGAAAAUCGUCUUAACCCUUUAAUGCCCGAAACCACAAAUUAUGGCCAGAAAAUUCAAUUUUUUUUCAGAGCUAAAAUAUUUAUUUUAUUUACUACUGAAAACCAAAAAAAUCCAAAAAUGUCCUUAAAAUUUCACAAAUAUAUUUUUAUUUAUCUCGUUUGAUACAUCAGAUGUUUUUGGAAACUAAUAAACCACAAGAGGAUGUUUUUAUGGUUUAUCUGACUGUAUUCAGGUGUUUUUAUUAAUUUGUUGAUCAUAUUGAUUAGAUAGAAGUUUAUAAAAGCAUAUAUCAAAUAUGAUAUAGGUUUGUCUUUUAUAUUUACAGACAGAAACGUGAUCAAAUAUUCAGAUUUAAAUCAUUGAUUAUCUGAAAGUUCAUUAAAGUUCAUCACGAUUAGUUUACUUCUUAGUUCUGCGAGUUUUCAAUCAGAGUUUAUUUUUAAAAAGCAAUUUAAAUCAAUUUUAAAAUAACUAAAGGCCAUAAAAAAACGUAGUGUGUGAAGUUCAUAGAGCUUAAAUUAUGAAUAUUAAAUUUUAUUAAUAACGCACUUUUACAGGCGCUCAAAGACGCUUAACAAAAAUAAACAAAAUCUAAAAUACGGAAAAUUUUUUAGACUAAAAUGAAAAGACAAUAAAAGAAGAGUUCACAGGUUAAAAGCCGAUUUAAAAAGUUGUGUUUUUAGGAGUGAUUUUAAAGUACGGGGGUCUGUAGGGUCUCGUCUAACAUGACUCUUGUUUUUUUACCGUCCUGCUCAGACCCGUCAGAGUUUCACCCAGACGACAGCUGCCUGGUCCAGAUGUUGAAGGGACUCUGUCUCAAACACCUGGGCAGGUUACUGCAGGCUGAGCUCUGCUUCACACAGGUGCUCUCCAGGUAAAACACACACACACACACACACACACACACAGAUAUGCAGACGGACUGGUUCAGCCGUCUCUUUAGUUUAUCAGCUGGAGGUGUGAGAGUGAUAAGAUAGAGAGCGGUUUCUGUGCUUCUGUUCACUUCCAGUGAGAGUCGGAUCCGAUACGAUCACUACCUGAUCCCCUUCACCCUCUACGAGCUCGGCCUGCUCUACAAACAACAGGGAGACUUCACCAAGGCCGCCGCCUACAUCGAAAACGCCAAGUAAGUCACUUUUAUGAUCUUGUCACCUUCAUACCGAGGAUGAGGACGAUUAAAGGCCUGGGGCUCUAUUUCCGUUCCCACCGGCGGACGGUGGCGCAACCCCGCGCAGUGGUAUUUUCGUCUCGCAGAGCCCGGUGCACAGCCAGUUUGGCACCGAGGUCCGCCAAGCUGGGCGUGGGGUAGAGCGUGACACGGGGGCGGAUUUUAACCCCUGUCCCGUCCCACUCCCAGAGAAAAAAUCCCGGACCGGAGUAAAAAAAUGAAUCCUGUCCUGUCCCGCUCCCGUUUGAAUGAAACCAAAACGUUGAAAAAACGUUUCAUUUUUUGUUUUAGGUAAAAGUGGCGGCCGAGUUGGAGCGGCUGCCACUUUUUUUCUCUACUUCCGGUGGUGACAGGAAGUCGAACCACUGUUGUCGUCCUUUCGUGUUGCUAGCCGCGGUCAAGAGUGUUGGCUCUCACUGAGAGAUGAUGACAAAAAUGGACGCAUCUGUUCAUCUGGUUGUUUGACACAGCUGAAAUGAUCAUCCGUUAAUGUUGUUCCCGCUCCCGUUGCUUUUUUCCUGUCCCGUCCCGAUCACGGGAUUAAGUAAAAAAUGACUCCCAUCCCCUGGUAUCCCGCGGGAAUCACGUGACCCACGGGAAUUCCUCUAGCGUGGUGGCACGGUAGGAGGAGGGUGUUGACAGAAUCAGGUGGCGCGGUGACAUUUUCGUGCCCGCCGGCGGCGUAGAAAGCGCGUUGAAAGCUUGAUGAUUCAAACCUGGUCAGCUUUUAGUGCAGGCAGCUGGUCUAGUGGUACUUUAGUAGACCGGCGGCGUAGUGCACGGAUGUCACGUUUCCACAGUGCAAGAAAUAAUCAACACAACCAAUCUUCUGAGUCAGCACAAACAUUCAGAUCUAUACCGAUAAAGUUAACAAGAUAUUUAAUUCGUCUUCUGUCGCCAUCGUGUGGCGUUGCUGUCUUCAGACAUCUCUGCAUGAAAAUUGUAAUUCGCCUCGCCGGUGGUGGAUUUAAAGGCGAGGAGAGGAGCUGAUAUGAUUCGUGAAGACAGGUCUCGGCUGUGUUAAACCCACGCCAUGCCUUCUCUGCUAUUUACGCCGCUGGGAGGUGCUGAGUUAGAGAGGGGGGGUACUUACGCCGCGCCUGCGCCGUGCUGCCGGCGAGGCAGAAAAUAGAGCCCCUGGUGUUAAAGAGAAGGUGGAUCAUAAAAAUCAAACAUCGUAUCAUUAAUUUAAAUGAUCAUGAUCCGUCUGGUCCGGCCUCUUUCAUGGUUCAGUUUGAUCCUCAUUGGUGUAAAUCAGUCUUUAAGGUUCUCAUGUACGGUAGAUGAUGAAGUCCUGCCUGAAAUGAGUUUGUUGUCCUCUCCAUCAGGACCAACUACAAGGACUACUCCAUGGAGUCCAGACUUCACUUCAGGAUCCACGCCGCCCUCAGCAGCCUCAAAGGUUCACCUGUAGGAACCCCCUAAUCCUCCAAACUGGGUCACAGUGCAGCUGGAAACAACCGGGUAUCCAACAAGAACCUCCACCAUGAAGACCUAAAUCAGGGUGGGAGGUCACGGGUCCCGCUGGACUCCGCCUCCUUCAGUCAUAGCAAUGAUGUAUUUAUGGUUAUUUGACGUAUUUAUUCCUUUUAUUUUAUGGACGCUGAGAUGAUUAAAACGGUUUAACGCCAAAUGUAGAUUUGAUCGGGAUACCGAGAGAUAGACGCGGUUUCUCUGUCGUCAUGGAAACAGGAGGAGGUUCAGCCUCAGGCGCCCGUCAUUCAGAGCUGAUCAAUGCUGCGUUCCAGUUACCUCGGAGGUCGUAGCUGGAACGACGUUACACCCGAGUUGACGGCAAUCCAGUUAACAAGUCGGAAAACCAAAGUGGACGCCUACAGUUACCGGUUGUUAGCCUUUGUUAACAAUUGUUAGCAGUUGUCAGUCGUUUUUAGCGAUAUCAGUUGUGAACAACGCACAACACAGUAUUUCGGAAAUCCCGACUUUCGAGUACAACUGGAACGCAGCAUAAUAUUCUGUCUGAUUUGGAGGCGACUUGAGAAGUGGAAGCAUGUUCGUAGAAAAAAGCACAAUGUGGGAAAAGUUCGCCGAUUUCUAUAAAACACCGACUGUAAACAAAGAUGGCCGACAGAGCACAGCUGAUGCCAGAACACCUCCGAAACCGUGAGGAGGGAUCUGCAGUGGAGACAGGCCCUCAGAGGUACAGAAGGUGUCAAUCAUGGGGCCACACCCCCUCCUUAUACGGUCAGAUAACUGAGUCAAACUGAACCUGAUAGAAAAAUUAACAUUCGGACGUCAAUCAACGAGUCUGGAGAACUUUUAUUUGACCCGUGUUUCGAUUUUUCAGUUUGACCCAUGUCCCAUCUGUUUACAUGGAGAAGGCGGUCGUGUCGUCCAUCUUUAAUACAGUCUCUGUGAAGUUCUGAGGGAGUUAAUCGGUAUUUCUAGCACAUCAGAUGCUCCGUUCGAGUUACUUUGGAGGUCAGACGUCAAAGAUGAAAAUGACGUCACCCGCGAGUUACCGGUGUGUCAGAAAAAGUCGGAAAAAAGCAAAAUCGGACGCCUGAAAAAAGAUGGCUACACCUACGAAAGUUAUUUUAGGGAUCGUCUUGUCCAAAUAUAAGGCUAGCGCUAAAAUAACUUUCGUAGAUGUAGCUAUCUUGGUUCCGCUUUCGAUUUUGCUUGUUUCCGACUUCGUAACAGAAACCCUGGUAACUCGGGUGUGACGUAAUUUUCAACUCGGCCUUCUGACUUCUGAGGUAACUCUAACGCAGCAUUAGUCCCUUAAAUCUCCGACUAAACGGGCCCUAAAAUAAACCCCUCCCUCUGAAUCACCGACCAACCUGAUCCAGGUCUUAGACUGGACCGGAUCCUCCAGCACCAGUUUAUCGUCUUGGCGUGAAAAAAAAAAACGUUUUUAUUUUGUGAUGAUAAUCCUGAAUUCAUGCAGGUCACAUGACGUCGAUAAAACUGAUGAUGAUGACGAUGAUGAUGAGAGCUUUAUAUGUGUGCGGCAGAGAAACACUAUAGAUCUAUAUAUACAUAGAUGCUUUAUACAUAUAUAUGGACUUCUUUAUAUUUUGCCUUUUUGAUUUCUAAUAACGCCACACAAACGUGUCCGUGCGCACACGCAGUCGCAGCCUUUUCACCGAGCGUGGCUUAUAUUAACACACACACACACACACACACACACACACACACACACACUCAUUCAGAGCUUGCACAUUUACAGCGAAGUAUCCAAGUCAGCUGGUAACGCACACAUUUAGCAGCAAUA